CUCCUGCGAGAGCGGCGGCGGCGCUGUGGGUGGGGGAAUUGCUCGGGAGUGCGUGGUGGGGGAUGGAGUUGGCUCUCGGCUUCUCCUCGCCCGCGCUUCAGAAUAUAGUACAACUGUUCCUCCUGUGGUGAUCAGAAGUAAACAUUUUGUUUUUGGACUUGGUAACAUGGCAAAAGAUGCGGGUCUCAUUGAAGCUAAUGGAGAGUUAAAGGUUUUUAUAGAUCAAAAUCUUAGUCCGGGAAAAGGUGUUGUUUCAUUAGUAGCUGUUCAUCCUUCAACACUUGGAAAACAGCUUUUGCCGAAAACAUUUGGACCGUCUAAUGUCAAUAUUGCACAACAAGUGGUUAUUGGUACACCUCAGAGACCAUCAGCCCCAAAUACUAUUUUAGUAGGAAGUCCACACACUCCCAAUACUCAUUUUGUAUCACAGAAUCAGACUGCAGAUUCUUCACCUUGGUCUGCUGGGAAACGAAACAAAAAGGGAGAGAAGAAUGGCAAGGGUUUACGACACUUCUCUAUGAAGGUUUGUGAGAAGGUUCAGAGGAAAGGAACUACCUCUUACAAUGAGGUAGCAGAUGAGUUAGUUGCAGAGUUCAGUACUGCAGAUGCUCAUAUCUCACCAAAUGAAUCGCAGGCUUAUGAUCAGAAAAAUAUAAGGCGACGGGUCUAUGAUGCCUUAAAUGUUCUUAUGGCCAUGAACAUUAUUUCUAAGGAGAAAAAAGAAAUCAAAUGGAUUGGCCUACCUACUAAUUCAGCUCAGGAAUGCCAGAAUUUAGAGGUGGAGAGGCAGAGAAGACUUGAAAGAAUAAAGCAAAAACAGUCACAACUACAAGAAUUAAUUCUUCAGCAAAUUGCCUUCAAAAAUCUUGUUCAGCGAAAUCGGCAUGCAGAACAGCAAGCAAAUAGACCACCAGCUUCUAAUUCCGUCAUUCACUUGCCAUUUAUCAUAGUGAACACCAGCAAGAAAACUGUAAUUGAUUGCAGUAUUUCUAAUGACAAGUUUGAGUAUCUAUUUAAUUUUGAUAAUGCAUUUGAAAUACAUGAUGAUAUUGAAGUAUUGAAGCGCAUGGGAAUGGCAUUUGGGCUGGAAUCUGGAAGUUGCUCAGCAGAAGAUCUAAAAAACGCAAGGAGCUUGGUUCCCAAAGCUCUUGAACCAUAUGUGACAGAAAUGGCUCAGGGAUCAAUCAGCAAUGUGUAUGUCUCAUCCUCAUCAGGUUCAGCUUCAAAUGGGACAAGAUUUUCCAACAGUUAAGUAUGCCAUAGGGGAGGCAGAGUACCUGUUGGAUUCACCGGCAAUAAAGGUUGAGUACCUGGCUAAAUCCAGUUGGCGCUCUGUGUCUGCUGCGUGCUGUUUAAUGAGUGCUUUGGCCUGAUCUUAUCCCAUGCCGAGUAGAAGACCUGGAGAGAAGCCCAGGGAUGAGAUUUUAGUUGCUACUGCCUGUUUCCACGUGGACUGGAAUUAAUCCCUCAUAGUUAAUGGGGCAAGGCCAAGGGGAAGAAGGGAUAAUCUGAGCCAAUAGUUGAGUAUGACCACCCACACCCUAGUCUCCACUUUCAUGAGGCAUGUCUCUAGUCUCAGGGUGACAUUAGAGACACAUUUUGGGACUUGAAGGGCCAAUCUUAGAAAUUUGAAUUGCACAAGUUCCAAUGCUGUAAAAUUGGAGAAUGGGCCAAGCUGGGCACCAUACAGGAGUUGUGCUAUUGGCUUGCCCAAUUUGAGUGCUGCAGGUGGCCACCUCUUGACCUGAGGAAUUUAAGAAUGGCAGAUGAGUUCCUUUGUGCAAUUUCAGCAACGUGGUCCCCAUGGGCUUUCCUACUGCUGGCAGAAUGAAGGACUACUCCCAAGUGUUUGAAACAUGAGACCUGCUCAAUCUUGUAGCCAUCUAUGCUCCAGGAGUGGCUCUUGGGCCUUUUGGCAAGUGCCAUGACUUUAAUUUUCUGAUAAUUGAGUAAUAGCAGGUCUUCCUUGCAGUGCUGUGUUAGUGCUCUCUGUGUUCUUUUAAGGCCAAUAGGUGUCCUUGAAAGUGUUGCUGCAUCGUCUGCAUACAGUGGAACAGAGAUGUGUCUUCCAGCAAGUUUUGGGGAGUGAAAGUUUGUGUUGUGAAGACGGUCCACCGUGGAGUUGAUACAGAAAUUGAAUAGGAGAGGGGCCGGUGUGCAACCUUUCUUGACACCUUUCUCAGUUCCAAUGGCCCUGGGGGUUACAUCUUACUUUGAGUGAGGUCCCUUCCUGAAGCGUACAUGUUAAGUAAAGUAAAUGUUGGUCUGUUGAGGAGGCCUCCAGUUUUUCUCAUAGUUUAGUUUGGGAUAUGGAAUCGAAAGCUGCUUUGAAGAUAGCAUAAAGGGAGGAUAUGUUAUGGGAGGAAAUUUUGCUACUGAAUUUCUACGGUGCUAUUUGGAGGUUCCUCUGAGGGCCUCCAAAGGGGCUGGGAACCAGACGAAGGCCAGGUUGCCUACUCCUUCCUUAGAGCUUCAGAACUGGAAAAAACAUCAAAGAACUUCAAACACGUGUGUAAAAUGAUGCAAAGAAAACAAGUACCCAAUUCCUAGGGCUGCCAUAUCUAGGUUGCAAAAAUCUUCACCACUUUGAGAUGGCAGCAAAGAGACAUAAAAUACUUUAACUCUUGGCUCUUUCUAGUUGUCAUAUGGAUUUUGGCAGCCUUAAUCUUACAGGGAGGCCUACCAGUUAUGAAUCCCAUUAGCAACCUUGCAUGAUUCUUUAGUGUUGUUUACAUGCUGUACAAUGGGUGAAUAUGAUACAAGGGUGGGAAACCUUUGAAUGAUGGAAAGCCACACUUAGGGGUGUUUUGUUUUUUUGUUUUUGGUAUCCAAGGAUCAUAGUGGGCGAAGUCAUGAUGCAGAAUGAGUGGGGUUUUUUCCCUUUUUCCUUUUGUCUUUGCAUUUUGGAAGGAGUUAAGAGAUUUUCUUUGAUUUUAAAAUGUUGUGACUAUUUUAGGGCUUAUGCUACAUUUUCUUAAUUCACAGGAAGAAAGCAUGCCACACCAGCAAAAAUUGCCUGAAUUGGUUGUGCAAGUCACAAAAAAGGGUUUGGGAGUUGUAUUUUAUAGGGGUUUGGAGUUUGAUAGUUUAUUGAUUGAUUAGUCUUAUGACCAUAUUAAAAAAAAAAGUAGAAUAAUAAAAUAGAAUAAUAAAAUACAUAUGUGCUAACUACAAAGAAUCAGUGUAUCAAUACAUCACCUUUACACGAUCAAUCUGUUCAGUAUAAUGGAUUCUUAGCUGAGCUGCCUUGUCUAUAAACUGCUCAGGAAGAAAUAGGACAAUCUGCGAUUCAGGUCCCAGUGGGCUGUUCUUUCAGGUAGGGAUUUUAUAUAUCUACAGUUGACAAUCAAAACAUGAGCAAUAUCUUCAAUGGCUGAGGCACCGCAUGUACACAUCCUCUCAUGAUAUGGCAAGUGAUGGAAGUGCCCAUGUUUGGCCAUGGAAUCCAACAACUCAAGUCUUGCUCUAGAAUAGGGCCUUCUUAGGAAUUGCUCCAAACUCAUUGACAGAUACUUUUUGGUUUGGAAAGUGGUUUUGUUCUUAGCCAACCAGUUUAAAGAUUUAUUUUUUAUUUUUUUUGCCAAUAAUUCCAUGUCUGUUUGGGCACUGAUAUCUAGGGCUCUCUGUUUUAAAAUUUCCUUUGCCUGGGAGGCAGUUAAGAAUAAAUAUUGGGUGGAAGACCCUUGCUGUAAAAUAACUAAAGUUGACUUACCCAGGAUAUGGGCUGAGCUGUACUUACCUGUUCAGCUACACAUAGUCUGGGUAGUCUGUCUGGGUCCAUUGAAUGGAUCCUCUGCCAAUAGGUAAAAACUUUGUUGAAUAGAUGCGUAUGGAGUGAAUACCAGUUUCUGCUCUGAUUGCGGGGGCUGACAUGUUCUUGUCAGUCCCUAGUUUACUUAAAAAUGGGUAUGAACUUGUUCAAGUGAGGUAGCUUUUGUAAGGGCCCACAGUUCACCACAGGUCAGCAUUGGGACUAUUUUUCCCUAAAUACUUGCAAUAUGGGUGUCAAGGUACACCCAUAAUUUAAUUAAAUAAUUAUAAUUAUGUUUAAUUAAUUGUAAUUAAAUAAUUUAUAUAAAUUGUUGGUACUUGCCUCAGCCAAGGGCUGUAUUUGGCCUUAACAAUCUGCAGUUACCCCCUCCUGGCUUAAUAUGUUGAUGGGGCAGAAUUGAAAAAUUAAGGCAAUUUGCUCAU